AUGUUCAAACCUCAUUACCAACAACAAGCGAUCGUUAUCGAUUGCGGAAGUGGUAUGUGCAAGGCUGGCUUCGCCUCAAAUGACAUGCCUACAAGUGUGUUCCCGUCCAUAGUUGCAAGACGUAAAAGCGGCUCAGGAAAUCAUGAUGUCUUUGUGGGAGAUGAUGCUAUGAAAAGAAAGAAAGACAAGGUUGAUCUUGAGAUGAAAUAUCCCAUCCAACAAGGACUUGUUAUCCAUUGGGAUGACAUGGAAAGGAUUUGGCACUACACCUUUGAUCAAGCGUUGGGGAGUUCUUCGGAAGAACAUCCAGUCGUUCUCACCGAAACUCCGUUGAAUCCAAAAGUCAACCGAGAGAAGAUGACUCAAAUCAUGCUUGAAACAUUCUCGGUUCCAGCCUUGUACGUAGCUGUUCAAGCAGUCAUGUCCUUAUUUGCAUCUGGAAGUACCACUGGAGUUGUAUUGGAUUCGGGUGACGGAGUCUCGCAUACGGUUCCAAUCUUUGAAGGAUAUGCUAUGACUCAUGGAAUUUCGAAAUUGGAUGUGGCUGGUAAAGAUUUGGAUGAUUAUUUGGAAAAACUACUCAUGGAACGUGGUUAUUCUUUUCAUCAUGACAAGGCUGAGAGAGAACAUCUUAGAGAUAUUAAGGAACAAUUAUGUUAUAUCGCCUUAGACUUUGAAAAUGAAAUGAAACAAUCUCAGCAGAAUCCAACCACCAUGGACAAGCACUAUGAAUUACCUGACGGUAGUUCUGUUAUUACUGUUGGCGUUGAAAGAUUUCAAUGUCCUGAAGUGUUGUUUCAUCCAAAUUUGAUUGGGAUCGAGUCCGCUGGUAUUCAUGAAAUGAUUUUCAGCUCGAUCCAAAAUUGUGAUUGUCCAAUCAGAAAGGAGUUGUAUGAGAAUGUGCUCCUGUCUGGUGGUUCCACCAUGUUUAAUGGAAUAGCUGACCGAAUCACAAAAGAAUUAAUCCAUUUGGUCAAUGACUCGACCAUGAGAGUUAAGGUUGUGGCUCCUCCCCUUCGAAAUUAUUCUUCAUGGAUUGGAGGUUCGAUGUUGGGUUCCAUGUCUACCUUUCAAUCCAUGUGGAUCUCUAAGGAAGAAUAUGAAGAGGAUGGGUCAAGCAUUGUUCAUCGAAAGUGUUGUUGA